CGGCUGGUUCCACACGUGACACGAGCGCCGCUGUUUUCCUUCACCGUGACCUUCCGCUGCGAUUAUUUACGUGUCGGUGCUGUUUUCAAGUUCGUGGAGUGUCCGGUAUGAUGCUAGCGGCGCGGAGAGCCUUGCAGUUCGGGAUCAGGUUCAGUGCGCUACCAAGGCGCGGUUGUGCCAGUGCGGUGCCCGUGGAUGAUGUUGUCAAUGGGCUGACCGACGAGCAAAUACAGCUCAGACAGACGGUGCGAAGGUUUUUUCUGGAAGAACUGGCCCCCCACGCGGAUGAAAUUGAUAAGAGCAAUGAAUUUAAAGGAAUGCGGGAGCUUUGGAAGAAGAUGGGUGAUUUGGGAAUCCUGGGUGUCACAGCUCCAGUGGAGCUGGGAGGCUCGGGAUUGGGCUACCUGGACCAUGUGAUCGUGAUGGAGGAGCUGUCGCGGGUGUCUGGCGCAGUGGCCCUCAGCUACGGCGCGCACUCCAACCUCUGCGUCAACCAGCUGGUGCGCAACGGCAACCAGGCCCAGAAGGAGAAGUAUUUGCCGAAGCUGUUGACAGGGGAGCAUGUGGGUGCCUUGGCCAUGAGUGAGUCCAAUUCCGGCUCAGACGUGGUGUCCAUGAAGUUGAAGGCCAAGAAGGAGGGUAACAGCUAUGUCCUCAAUGGUCACAAGUUCUGGAUCACCAAUGGUCCGGAUGCUGAUGUGCUCAUUGUGUACGCCAAGACGGAGCAGAAGAUCACCGCCUUCAUUGUGGAGAAGGGUAUGCCGGGAUUCAGCACCGCCCAGAAGCUGGACAAGCUGGGCAUGCGAGGCUCCAACACUUGCGAGCUGGUCUUUGAGGACUGCAAGGUGCCAGAGGAGAAUGUCCUGGGGUUACUCAACAAGGGCGUGUACGUCUUGAUGAGCGGGCUGGACCUGGAAAGGCUGGUACUGUCCGGUGGACCUUUGGGCAUCAUGCAGGCCGUAAUGGACCAUGCCAUCCCGUACAUCCAUGUCAGAGAGGCUUUCGGACAGAAGAUAGGACACUUCCAGCUGCUGCAGGGCAAGAUGGCAGACAUGUACACGCGGCUGAGCUCAUGCCGCCAAUACGUCUACAACGUGGCUCGCGCCUGUGACAAGGGACAUUUCAGUUCCAAGGACUGUGCUGGAGUCAUCCUCUUCUGUGCAGAGAAUGCGACGCAGCUCGCGCUGGAUGGGAUCCAGUGCCUGGGGGGCAACGGAUACAUUAACGACUACCCCAUGGGGCGCUUCCUGCGUGAUGCCAAGCUAUACGAGAUCGGGGCCGGCACCAGCGAGAUCCGCCGAAUGGUCAUUGGCCGGGCCUUCAAUGCCAUGUACAAAUAAGCCACCUUGGGUUUUGGGGGUGGGGGAGGGGUGGGGUCAAAUGAAACUCAGGCUCUGAGGCCUCACAGAUAGCUACACUUUUUCCCGAGGGGUACUUCAGCUGAGACUUGGACAGCUGUGGGGUUCUUAUAAUGUCAGUAUGACUCUGGCGGGAGGGAGCCCCCCUCGCCUACUGCAGUGAGAAGGGGGGCAGCUGUUCAGGAGUGGGAACGGCUUCCUCGGGCAGUUCCCGUGAAAGUUGGGUGGUAUGUUACACCCCCGCUUUCACUCCUCGCCAUCGUCCACCACGGACGGGAGAUUGCUCACAUUGAAAGGUGACUUCCUCCUAAACUGGUCCUGCAAAGAUAAUCUGUAAACAGCCUGCCCUCUGACAUCUCCUCAUGGUUUCUUUUCUGGGAAAUCAUUUCCCAUAAUCCACAUCGAUUCCCUGCAUAGAGACUUUCACCUCAUAUAAACCACCGCCCCCCCCUCAAUGAUAUUAUUUGAAGAGAAACCUGAGAUCUCUUAAAUUUUACAUGCUGUUGUUUUGGUCUUUAAAUAUAGUUUCUCCCUUUGUGAAACCCAUCUGACCUCAAUAUAAACAAGGACACAUCACUUUAUAUGCUCGGCGGUUUGGUUCACGGGUUUUUCCCUGUAAUGAGGAAGUGCGGCCAUCUCCAUCAAUGAUGGGAAGCCCUCGAAGAAUUAUUUCUUUUGUGUGACUGUAAAAUCUAGUCGUAAAUGAAUCAGCCGAGCUUCCAGAUCAAUUAAUGGAUAUUUGUACCUCGCACACACUAAAAUGUCGUCAUUAUAGGGUUAAAAACCACGUCCUCAUUUGAUGUGCAGCUUCUGUAGUAUCUUCUUUUAAUCAGUAGUUAGGAAAAAAAGAGCUACAGUACCCAUGUAUAAUAAUAAUGAUGAUGAUGAUGAUGAUAAUAAAUAGUUGAGUCCCAAUAAAACCUGAAAUGUACUUCUAA